AUGGGUAUUCCCAUGGCGCCCAAAAAGCUUACUGGUCAAGAGCUCAUCGACCUCGCAUCGCAACAGGAUCCAAUCAAAAUCGGCGGGUUUCCAAUAGCUGUGAUAGGACUAUCAGCAACUCUCUGCAUUAUUAGUGGGUUAUGCAUGAUAUUGCGAAUUUUCGUUCGAGCCUGGCUGUUGCGCAAGGAACGGUCGUGGGGCUGGGAUGACACACUCGCCUUGUUGAGCUUUUUGACCUUCUUACCCGAGUGCGUGUUCGUCAUCAUUGCUGCACGGUAUGGCCUCGGUACGCCAGACGCCGAGCUCAAUGAGCUGGUGACGGCACAAGCCGCACUUAUGAUGGGGAACUGGCAAAUGUUUUAUGCGGCCUCGACAAAUCUGAUCAAAGCUGCAAUUGCGGUAACACUGUUACGUCUGACCGAUCAGCCGAAAUAUCGCUGGCCUAUCACUGCCUCCCUGGUGGCAACCCCGAUCUUCACUGGAGCUGUGGUCAUUGUCCUCAUCGUCACUUGCCGGCCUGUGGGAGCUCAAUGGGACCUGGACCUAGGACCCUGUCCUCUGCACAACUGGCUGGCAAUCCUGAGCUACCCAUUCACCGCAUUGACUAUUAUUCUGGACUGGGGCUGCGCGAUUAUCCCAUGGCUUCUUAUCCGCAAGCUUCAACUAAACCGGAGAAUCAAGAGGUCUCUAAUAAUCGUGCUUGGCCUUGGUGGUACUGCUAGUAUUGGUGCUAUAGCCCGCUUACCAUAUCUGAAAUAUUACACAAUUCCAGAAGAUCAACUAUUCAUCUGGUCAGUCUUCGAAAACGGCCUGGGGAUUAUAGCAGCGUCUCUGCCACCUAUACACAAGCUCUUCAAGUUCUACAACGACACCUCGGUGGGGUCUAGCACGCCAGCUGGUGGCGGUGCGUUCGAGACGAUCGGCGGGACUCCCCUGAGCCAGUCCCACGGGGCAUAUGAGCUAAAACCACUGCGGAACUCCUCUAGGCUGACCGUAACGAGGUCUGGGCAGUGGAACCGACUUGACGAUGAAGGUCCAAAUCAGGAGCUGAUCAUGGUGCGCAGGACGUUUAGUAUCAUGGAGGAGAAUGAUGUAGAGGAAGCACGGAAGAUACGAAGCGAAAGUGGGGAAGUUCUCUCAUAG